AUGAAGUCCGUUCUCUUCUUCCUGCCAGCCACUACCCUGGCCGCCCUCACGUCCAUCACACAGAACGAUGUAACAAACGGCAGUGGCUGCAAGGCAAUGACUAUCCUCUUCGCCCGUGGCACAACAGAACUGGGCAACAUGGGCAGCGUGGCAGGACCACCUUUCGUCAGUGCCGUCGGCGCAAUGAUGGGAGCCAGCAACGUCGCCGUACAAGGCAUCGCCUACCCAGCUGAUGUCCCGGGUUUUCUUGUCGGUGGCGACGCAGGAGGCAGCAAGUUGAUGGCGACCAUGGUCGGUCAGGUCAGGGCCGCAUGCCCAGACACCACAUUGGUCAUGGCAGGCUACUCUCAAGGAGGCCAACUCGUACACAACGCCGCCUCUAUGCUUAGCGCCGCAGACACAGCCUUUGUCUCCAGCUCCGUUAUCUUCGGUGACCCAAACAACGGCAAGCCUGUUGGUAAUGUCGCUGCUGCAGACACCAAAAUCAUCUGUGCAACUGGCGACCUCAUUUGCGCUGGCCAGGCUGUUAUCCUGCCACCGCAUCUGUCGUAUGGCGCGAACGCGGGUCAGGCGGCUAAUUUUGUUGUCGGCAAGAUGGCGGCGGCGAAGGCGAAGCGUGACCUGCUACCUGGUCUUGCUCCUGAGCGGGUGGCCAAGUUUUAUGUUUCGUAG